AUGGAGUUCCAUGUCUUCCUCCCUAACUAUCUGGACGACGACGAAUAUGAGAAAGAGCCACAAGAUUAUCAAGAGCAUCCGGCGCUGCCUGUGUGGUCGCCGGUGCUGGAGCAUAAAGGUUCUGAGCCCGCUUUGAGGCUCGCGAAACGCUGGCUGAGGCAGUGCUUGAAGGAGCACCCGGAAUGUGCGGACACAAGAUGCGUUAGGUUGCCAGAUCGCCUGUUGUAUAUCCGGACGCGGGAUUUUAAGUCUAGGUCUUUUGAGGUGCAACUGGUUGAGACGGAUGGAGCUAAGGGAUGUUACGUUGCGCUGUCGCAUUGCUGGGGUAAGGUGCAACCACUGAAGACGAGAAACGAGGAAGAUUUGAAGAAGUGGAAAAAAGGCAUCCCAUGGGCAGAACUGCCUCGAACUUUUCAAGACUCUAUUCAGAUCACGGCCUUUCUAGGCUAUAGGUAUAUUUGGAUUGAUUCCAUUUGUAUUGUCCAAGGAGACCAAGAUGAUUGGGAGCGACAAUCUGCGCAGAUGGGAAGGUAUUAUGAAAGCUCUGUUGUUACCAUUGUCGCGGCGUCGGCAUCUGGGCAUGAACAAGGGAUACUUGUGCGCAAGAAUCUGUUUGCAGGAACUGUCAUGCUCGGAAAUGACUUUUCCGACAUACCGGUCAGAUUUCAAGAGCCAUUGGUCCAUAAAAUGCCUUGGUUCGCGAACCCAAUUGACCCUAUUGACAUGCGCGCAUGGGCUUAUCAAGAGCGCUUGCUGUCACCUCGAUCCCUGGUCUACUCAACGCAGGAGAUGAAGUGGGAGUGUGAUACCAGUCACUGCUGCGAAUGUGGCAUGGACGACACUCGGUUUCGGGACGGCCGCCACGACUAUCACUUUCGCGGCAUAGCACAAUGUACCAAAGCAGAAGCACUGGAUGUCUGGUAUGAACGUGUUGUGCCGGUUUAUUCGAGGCGGGACCUGACCCAGGGCACAGAUAAGCUCCCUGCAUUGUCUGGCGUGGUGGCGAAAUUGUCAGAGAGAAUUGGAGGCCGGUACUUGGGUGGAAUAUGGGAAGAUGAUUUCAUCUAUGGCUUAUCCUGGAGAGUUUCUCACGAGAACUGGGUUCGAAGGCCGAUCAAGCUGUGUCCGAAAUAUCAGGCGCCAUCUUUCAGCUGGGCCUCGAUUUCUUGUGAAGGUAGGUACCCGGCAAAGAGGGUGGAG